GGGGUGCGCACUUGGGCGCCCCUGGCCAUGGCGGCGAAGGUGGACCUGAACACCUCCACCGACUGGAAGGAGGCAAAAUCGUUUCUGAAGGGCCUGAGUGACAAGCAGCGGGAGGAGCACUACUUCUGCCAGGACUUCAUCCGGCUGAAGAAGGUCCCCACCUGGAAGGAGACGGCGAAAGGGUUGACCGUGAAGGUGGAGGAGCCCAAGUACAAAAAGGACAAGCACCUCAAUGAGAAGAUCUCCCUGUUCCGCGGCGACAUCACCAAGCUGGAGGUGGACGCCAUCGUCAACGCCGCCAACAGCUCCCUGCUCGGAGGCGGCGGUGGCGUUCCCCUGCAUCUCCACCGGCGUGUUUGGCUACCCCAACGAGGCGGCGGCGGAGGUAGUGCUGGCUGCGCUGCGCGAGUGGCUGGAGCAGCACAAGGACAAGGGGCAGGGGGGACAGGGACCAGGCCUGGGAGCCAGGGAGCGGCUCCUGCGAGGCUCAUCAGGCCCUGGCGCAGGUGGACCGGCUCAUCAUCUGUGUGUUUCUGGAGAAGGACGAGAACAUCUACCUGCAGCGGCUGCCGCACUACUUCCCCCUGGCCUGACGGCACCCGGCACACCCUGACCAGGACCGACUCGCCACCGGGGCCUGCUGGACCUCGCUCCCAGCUCUAAGAGGCGGCUGAAGCCGGCAGCUGGGCCUGGUCACCCCAUCUUUUCCCUCAGCCCCUGCCCCUCAGGAGCCUCCUAAUAAAGACCGCCCUAUUGCA